AUGAGACUUCCUACACUCUUCAUGUUGGCAGCUAUCGCCACUGCCUCACCCAUGAGCGAUCUGAACCGCCGCGAGAUGACUCGUCGUCAAGCUGCAGAGAGCUGCCCCAUUGGAUACUGCACCCAGAACGGCGGCACCACGGGUGGUACAGCUGGCGACACGGUUACUGUCACCGACCUCGCCGGCUUGACGGAGGCCGCCGAGAACGAGACUCCUCUAACGAUUAUCGUGUCUGGUGCCAUCUCAGGCAGCGCCAAGAUCCGCGUCGCUUCGGACAAGACCAUCUACGGUGAAACUGGGAGCUCCAUUACUGGAGUCGGAUUCUACAUCCGCCGUGUCAGCAAUGUCAUCAUGCGCAACCUCAAGAUCGGCCAGGUCGAUGCUGAUAAUGGCGACGCCAUUGGCAUCGACGAGUCGACCAACGUGUGGGUUGACCACUGCGAUCUGUCGGGGGAUCUCAGCGCGGGCAAGGAUGACCUGGACGGCCUUCUGGACAUCACUCACGGCGCGGAAUGGAUCACGGUGUCUAACACGUACUUCCACGACCACUGGAAAGGCUCCCUGAUCGGACAUUCGGACAGUAACGAGGGCGAGGACCUGGGCCACCUCCACAUCACGUAUGCUAACAACUACUGGUACAAUGUUAACAGCCGGACCCCAUCCAUCCGCUUCGGCACGGUGCACAUCAUCAACAACUACUGGGAUAAUCUGCUCCUGACGGGCGUCAAUUGCCGCAUGGAUGCUCAGGUCCUGGUCCAGAGUUCUGCAUUCUCCAACUGCCCGGACGAGGCUAUUUUCUUUGCUGACUCGGACUACACCGGCUAUGCCGUUGUUGACGACGUUGACCUGGGUGGUUCGACAAACUCGGUUCCUGAAGGCACCCUGACUCCUUCGUCGCUGCCGUACGAUGCUAUUGAGGCCAUCGGCUCCGCCCAGAUUGCUACCACCAUUCCGGGUACUGCAGGGCAGAAGCUAUAA